CUCCAUUUGAUUACCCCGAUGAGCUGAAGGAAGUUACAUUAUACCAGCAGCAGCGUUCAUCUUAAGACAUGCUUUGCAGAGGUUGCAGAUAAAUUCACUUUGAUCCAUGAUGAUCACUAACUGCUCGUCACCCCCACCAUCCCAAGAGGGGCCUCAGUGUCCACCUGAGAGUUCCUCUCAGGUGUUCGCUCCAGCUGAGCAUGAGGUUCAUCAACAGGACGUCAUCCAAGAAACUCCUCUAGAAUCAGUAGAAGACACCUUGAAAUCUCUGCACAUGCAUCGUAACAAACACUUUAAACGUUUGAGCUCUCAAUGGCAAUCAACCUUCAGGGGCAACAUUGCUCUCUCUCCAACAGAGAAGCGGCACAGUGCUAAGAGCUUCAGGAGGCGCUGCAAGCUGCUGGGAGACGAGCAGCCUCUAUGUGUCACUACCAACAAUCAGCGCCAGCGUUACGUCACCAAGGACGGCAAGUGCAGGGUUAAUCUGGGACACAUUAAAGACAAGAGUCGCUUCAUUUCAGAUAUUUUCACCACAUUAGUAGAUCUUAAAUAUCUCUGGUUCCUUCUCGUCUUCACUGCCUGUUACAUCCUCACAUGGAUGUCCUUUGGUGCAAUCUACUUCUUAGAUGCUUGGCUACGUGACGACAUUGCACACGCCCAUGACUCCCAGUGGCAGGCAUGCUUUGAAAAUGUGGACAGCUACCUCGCAGCCCUGCUGCUAUCUCUGGAGACCCAGAGGACUAUUGGGUACGGCACCAGGAGGGUAACAGCUAAUUGUCCUGAGGGUGUGGUGCUCCUGAUGGUCCAGUCCAUCACCGGCUCCAUUAUCGAUGCCGUGAUGGUGGGCUGUAUGUUCGUUAAAAUCUCCCGACCACAGCAGAGGGCCCAGACACUGAUCUUCAGCAAACACUGCGUCAUCUGCGAGCGUGACGAGAAGCUUUGCUUGCUCUUCCGCAUAGGUGACCUUCGAGAGAGCCACAUGGUGGACGCCAAGAUCCGAGCCAAGCUGAUCAAAUCCAGGCAGACCAAGGAGGGAGAGUUCAUCCCACUGGAGCAGACAGAGAUCAAUCUGGGCUAUGACACUGGAGGAGACAGGCUUCUCCUGGUAGAGCCCCAAACCAUUGCCCAUAUCAUCAAUGACAGUAGUCCCUUCUGGGAGGUGGGGGCCAAGCGCUUGAAGAGGGAGACACUGGAGAUUAUCGUUAUCCUGGAAGGCAUUGUGGAGGCAUCAGGUAUGACAUGCCAGGCAAGGACAUCCUACACACAGGAUGAGAUUCUGUGGGGUCACCGAUUUGCUUCGUGCAUUUCCCUGGAAAAAGGAGCAUUCCUUGUGGACUGCAGUGCGUUUGACAAAACCUUUGAAGUCGAAAUGUCUCCACUCAGUGCAAGAAACAGAAGCCAUGCAAAGGAUGAGGAAUCUAUAUUUUAGAAACUGAAAACAGGUCUUAUUUGUGGAAACUAAGAAUCUGCAGUUGUAGUAAUUUUAUCUACUUUCUUGAUGUGGAAAGUUAAUUAUUUUGCUAUGUAAGUAGGUGAACCGAGUAAUUUUCAAUGAUCUAUUAAAUUUUAAAGACAAA